AUGAGCAGCCAAAACUCGGAUGCUAAAAAUUUCGGCAAUGCCCGUGUUGAUACCAUUGACUCUCGCUCUGACGACCAGAUCAACCCAGUCGUCUCUUUUGGACGAGAACAAAUAGGUGACGGCGAUCAGGUGAUAACGACCAUUGUGUCUUCUCGAGGUAAAGAAGUUAAAGUGACUGGCAAUGUGGACGAGGCAAUGCGUUUGGCUUUGCAAUCCCAGCAUAUCACGUUCACACCAGAAGAAGAUCGGAGAUUGGUACGUAAAAUAGAUUUUUGCAUGUUUCCAUUGAUGUGCAUAUUGUAUUCGAUUCAAUUCAUGGACAAAAUUUCCACCGGUUCCGCGGCGGUGAUGGGCCUUAGACAGGAUCUUAACAUGCACGGUACGCAAUACUCGUGGGUAGGCUCUGCUUUCUAUUUCGGCUACCUGUUCUUCAAUAUGGGACCCGGGCAAUUUAUCUUCCAGAAAUCAAAAUGGCUAGCGAAGACGCUGGGUGUCUUUGUGAUUAUCUGGGGCAUGAUUUUGGCUUUGCACGCUGCCCCAAGUGUGAAGUAUCCAUCCUUUAUUGUUUUGAGAGUCCUCUUGGGUUGUGCUGAGAGUAUGGUUACUCCUACUUUCACAGUGAUCACCGCGCAAUACUGGAAAAAAGAAGAGCAGUUUAUGAGAGUUUGUCUAUGGUUCGGUUUCAACGGCCUAGGUGGUAUCUGGGCUAAUGCUUUGUCCUAUGGGCUUUACAUCAGAAAGGAUUCCUAUAGCAUCGAAGCCUGGAGAGUUUUAUUCAUUGUCACCGGAUUGAUAACGAUCGUAAUUGGUAUCGCAGUCUACUUCCAUCGUCCAGAUGAUCCAUCCAAAGCCUGGUUUUUGUCUGAGCGUGAGAAGUUAAUGGUUGUUGAAAGAAUUAGAAGCAAUCAACAAGGAUUCGGUAACCACAACAUCAAGUGGUACCAAGUGAAAGAAGCAUUUACAGAUGUCAGAACAUGGCUAUAUUUCUUAUUUUCCAUCGGUUCUAACAUUCCAAACGGUGGUCUCACCAACUUCAUGAACAUUUUGAUUAAAGAAGAUUUUGGAUACAACACACAGGAUUCCAUUCUAAUGACCAUGCCCAGUUACGCUGUUGAAUUGGUCGUAUGUCCUCUAUUUGGAUACAUUUCCGUUAUUUGCGCCAGAAAGAAUGUUCCCUUCUUGCAACAUAGGUUGGCCUGGGGUAUUAUCGCAGCCGCACUAAGUUUGGUUGCGACUUGUAUGCUAGCAUUUUCUAAGGAAAACAAGCAUGCAAAACUGGCUGGUGCCUACUUAUUAUACGUUGCUCCUUUGGCGUUCAUUUGCGUGCUGUCGAUUAUCAGUUCAAACACUUUGGGCUACACCAAAAAAUGGACUGUUUCAUCUAUCAACUUGGUUUCUUAUGCUGCAUCCAACCUGGCCGGUCCACAAACAUUCAUCUCCAACCAGGCUCCUACUUACACUGGUGCUAAGAUUUCCAUGUUGGUGUGUUAUGCAGGUUGUGUUGUGACUUUAACUAUGCUCUACUUUAUAAACUCCAGGGAAAACAUGCGCAGAGAUAAAGUAGCCGCGGAACGUGUAGAUGAGAAGCAUACUAUCGAAAAUCUUGAGUUUGCCGAUUUGACUGACCAGGAGAAUCCAAACUUCAGAUAUGCUUUAUAG